UGACGCGGCCCUCACGUGACCUGCAGUCGACGUGUGCAGAAGUCCUUAUAGUCUAGGCCCAGUUCCUCAGUAGCAGCUCAGUCUUACUAGAGAAGAGUGGACCUGCUACUUCCAGGACUCUUGAUCUUUUGGGCGCGACAUAAAUCAAGGUGCAAGAAGAGAGGAAAAUCUCCAGAUACCUACAGGAUUAAUUCAUUAAGAAAAAAAUAAUCAACAUGCAAAAGUCUUGUGACGAGAACGAAGGAACACCCCAGAACACACCAAAAGCAGAUGAAGGCCAUUCUUCAGAAGAUCCACCACAGCAGGCAGAAGAAACUCUUCAGGCUUCUGGAGAAAAUGUAAGGGAGGAAACUGAUGGAAGCCUUAGAGGGGGAGAGCCUGCUGAACCCAGCCCAGAGCCUAAAGAGAACACUCCCGCAAGGCAUCUCAACCCUGAAGAAGUAAUAAGAGGAGUAGAUGAGUUGGAAAGGCUUAGGGAAGAGAUAAGAAGAGUAAGAAACAAGUUUGUGUUGAUGCAUUGGAAGCAAAGACAUUCCCGAAGCCGUCCUUACCCUGUGUGCUUCAGGCCCUGAAAUCGUUUUUCUCUGAUAUUGAAAUAUGGCUGCUGCUUUCUUUCUCUUAGCAUUUUCUGUUGUAUCUUUGAACUUCAUUUUACUUUUAAUAAUAAUUACCUGGCGGUAUUUUCUUUUAUGUAGUUUCGUUGUUACCAGCAUCUCAUUGGAUUUUGGAUUUUUGACCCAUUUUCCAUGUUUUAUCUUUCAUUUGGAAAGUUUCACACUUAUGCAUGGAAAUAUGGAAAUAUACAGUUAAACAGCAGAUUGAAAAGCAGCGUAUUUAGGAUCAGCUCACAUAUAUAGGAAAAUUCCUAAUUAUGUGUGUACAUGUAUAAUUAUACGUAUCAAAAACCUUAACAGUGCUUAUUUUUGGUGUGGUGUGUUUUAAUUUUGCCUUUUGCUUAUGUUGAUUUUUUUAAAUGAAUACGUGUCUCACAAAGAACUGCAGAUUUUUUAAUAAAUGGGAGUUAAUUAAAAUUAAUUUGUAACCAGCUUAUAGAGGCAAUAAAGGCACUAAACUCUUGAUGAACUAUUAAAAAUGAAAUGUAAACCUGGAAUUACCUCUGGAUUGCUUAGCCAGGGGAAUAAAACUGGCAAUCAUUAUAGA